GGAGUGGCGUGUAAAAUCUGGACCCGCCCCCUCCUGCGCGCGAUUUAAAGAGGCAGAGUGCCAACGCGACUGAAUCCGUGGCGAAGAGAGAGAAAUAGAGAUAAAUAUAUAUAGCGCGUGCAGGAGAGAGAGAUAAACACUCAGGACUUGGGGAAAUGCAGCUGUUUAUCCUUGCGGUGGUUUUGGCGCUCGGCCUCGCCGUGCCUCCUCAGGAGAAACGCGUACACCACCAGCGUGAUCUGAGCGACCACGCCCACCACGACACUCAAGGCUACCAGUACGACCACGACGCCUUCCUGGGCAAAGAGGAAGCCAAGACAUUCGACCAGCUGACCCCUGAGGAGAGCAAAGCCAGACUCGGGAAAAUCGUAGAACGCAUCGACACGGAUAAGGACGGCUUCGUUAGCCACGCCGAGCUGCACUACUGGAUCAAACACAGGCAGAGGAGGUACAUCGAGGAGAACGUGGACAAGAACUGGAAAGAGUACGACCAGAACAAGGACGGGAAGAUCUCCUGGAUCGAGUACAAGAACACCACCUACGGAACUUACCUGGACGAUGAGUCUGAGGAUUUGGAAGACAGAGAAUCGUACAAAGCCAUGCACGCCCGAGACCAGCGGAGGUUCAAGAUGGCGGAUAAAGACGGAGACGGCAUCGCGACGAGGGAGGAGUUCACCGCGUUCCUCCACCCGGAGGAGUUCGACUACAUGAAGGGCCUUGUGGUGCAGGAAACGAUGGAGGACAUCGACAAGAACGGAGACGGCAAGAUCAAUUUAGAGGAGUACAUCGGUGACAUGUUCACACCUGAGGAGGGCGAGAGUGAACCCGAGUGGGUGGCCACGGAGAGGAAACACUUCUCCGAGUACAGAGACGCCAACAAGGACGGUUUCCUUGACGCUGACGAAGUUGCUCAUUGGAUCCUGCCGAACGACGUCGAUCACACCGACAACGAGGCCAAACAUCUGAUCCAUGAGACGGACAAGAACAACGACAACAAAAUAUCCAAGAAGGAGAUUCUGGAUAACUGGAACAUGUUUGUCGGGAGCCAAGCCACCAAUUACGGAGAAGAUCUGACGAGGAAACACGACGAGCUCUGAUCUGAUCCGAUCCGAUCCGAUCUGAAGAAAACAGCGUCGGGGGUCAAAGCUUUAAAUGUACAGAGGGAGGGAUUGGAAUUUCAUUCCACAAUGAAAAGAAACAACCGUUACCUUUUAUAUUAACGGGUGGGAGGGGUUAGAUCAUUAGGGGCAGGGCUAAAGGUCAGGGGUCAAAAAGCGUCAGGCUGUUGGGAGGGAAUUUCAGUUUACCUGAAACAGAUUGUAUUUAUUUAGUCACACACAUUUUACUCACUAAAAACUGGGUUCGUACACACACACACACACACACACACACCCCCGAGUGUGGUUGAUGGUUCUGUGUAGAUGAGAUGCCACAGCGUUUGUGAUAGAGACGAUAUUAAAAAUAACACUACUACAAUUUUAACAAAAAAAAAAGAGGUAUCGUUGGAUAAAACCAUCCAUCAAACAGGCAGGACAUUCUACCGAAUCAUGUGACCUCAUUAUCCACUGACUCCUCCCACUCCCGUGCUGUUUUAGUGCUGCGUUUCAGUCUGUAAAGUUAAUUUAAAACAUUUACAUUCAGUGACUGAUAAACGACACAGAGCACCGCAUUCAAACUACUCCGAGUGCUUUAUAUGUAUGUACACAAGAAAUAAUCAGGAAAUGCAGAUCCUUCCCAGCGUUCCUGUCUGGAAGCUGCGCGAUGACAUCACACGAUCAGGCGGCUAAAAAGAGAAACGUCGAAGCAGACCUGCCCACCUUCCUGCAUUUAUAGUACGAGUACACCAAGAGAACAGUUACACACACACACACACACACACACACACACACACACACACGCACACCCUCCUCAUUACACACGUAAUACAGCUUACAUCAGUUCAAUAGAUUUAUUAGGGACACAACCUUCAAAAAAGUGAUUACGAACAGUUUGAGCAGCAGAUCAGUGAGAACGUCGGCCAUGUAGAAACAUUUGACGUUUUCCAUGAGGGACGUCAGACGUUAGAUUUGUAAGAAGGACAAUCCAGAGGGUUGGUGGGUCUGGCAAACAGAAGAUGUUUUAAAGCCUCCGAAACACCAGGGGGUGCUGAAAUAAUGCAGGAGCUUAAAAAAUUUUGAGGUAUGAUUGGGGAGGGGCUGACAGCAUUAACAGCAGAGGUUGUUGUGAGACACGUGUACACUAUGUCUACACUCUCCACCCAAACCCAGAAGCUCGGGAGGACCUCAGGGUCAGGGAUCAAGGAUCACAGUCAGGACCAGGGACCAGGAUCAGCCGCACUCGGGAAUCAGUUUGUGUUCGUUAACGCACCAGAGUUACGCACUGAAGAACGGGCCGAGCGCCUGAACUGAGCUGUUACACACCGAACACACACAAUAAACACAGCUGCCGGCCGUCUCACACACCUGUAGAGAGAGCACUCAGAGGGAGAGAGAUGGUAUAGAGAAGGUCAGAAGCAGAUCAGGAAGGUGGAAGGAGACACGGUUUGGUCAUCGUGUACUGGUGAAACAUUUCUCUGUGAAAUCCAAAUCAAAUAAAACCAAAAUCCUGUUUUGUUUUUUUUAAACACAA